UAGUAGACUAGAGAGUGUGGGCGUCGCACUUUCUCUCUCUUCUCUCUCUCUCUAGGUUUUCGACGCGCAUUCUUUUUUCUUCUUCGAUCUUCGAUUUCGACUUCGACUUCGAUUGGCGUUGUUUUUCUGCAAGUUUUCUCGGAUUUGAGGUUUGGAUGUUCUGCUUGCAUCCUUCAUUUGUGUUUCAAGUUCGAUUUCAAGUUGUGGGGUUCAGUGACGGGUUCUGAUCUACGCUUUUCGAUUGGGGUUUUCUCGGGUUUUUAGUUGUUGGGGUGUUCUUGCGAUUCAGGCCUGUGCGAGGGGUUUUGUUUCGUGGAGCUGUUGGGAUUUACUCGCUAGUUCGUGAAGCGACUGAGGUGUAUGAUUACGUGCUGAAUUAGUGACUGUAUUCUUGAAGAAGCAGAAUUUAUCCAAGGCGCUGCUGAAGCAGGAGGGUGGUUCAUAUAAAUGGAUAUGAGGACGGAAAAGAAUAUCAGAUACCCGGAAAGAUACUAUGGCCAUAGUUCCUUUCGUACUGGUGAAUCAGAGGGCUCUGGAAGCUCGGGAAGAAUUGAUCCUGAAAUUGCUGCUUCAGAAGUUUCUAGUACCCCAAUGAGGAGAUGUAUCAGUUUUAAUUCUGAAAGUUGUGAAGGUUUGCAAGUUCCCACUCGAGUUCUUCCCUUGACAAACUUAUUGCAGUCUGAGAGGAAGGACUUGAUUUAUAGAUUGAGAAAAGAACUUGAACAGAUUCAGACCCUCGGAAAGAGAGUAGAAUUGCUUAGAACGAAUAGUUUUACAGUAUCGUCUUCGAGUGAUAUUCUUAGCUGUAGCAAUGGACGCGAUGGGCCAUCAGCUGAAUACAUUAUGAAUACCUCAAAUUUGACUUCUGGGAAACAAAAGAAAUCUAAUGUUCCAAGCCAGAAGAAAGGGCAAGGAAGCAGACAGGUUGCUUCAGGUAGAGGUGAGUCUACCGUGCAAGCGUCUGUUUCCAACAUCACCAAUGCUACUUCAGCAGCUUUGAUGAAACAAUGUGAACAACUUUUGAAAAGGUUAAUGUCGCACCAGUAUGCCUGGGUAUUCAACAUGCCUGUUGAUGUAGUGAAGUUAAAUCUCCCUGAUUAUUUCACGGUUAUUAAGCAUCCAAUGGAUCUGGGAACCGUGAAGUCCAAGUUAUCUUCUGGAGCAUACUCAAGUCCACUGGAUUUUCUUGCUGAUGUGAAGCUUACUUUCUCCAAUGCAAUGACUUACAACCCCCCUGGAAAUGAUGUGCAUAUUAUGGCUGAUGUUCUCAAUUCAUAUUUUGAUAUGAGAUGGAAGGCUAUUGAGAAGAAACUGCCCAAAACUGAUGGUCAUGCAUUGCCAUCAAAGUCUAGACCUCGGGAAGCUGUUGAGACUGUUAAGCACACGCCUCAAAAAAAGAUGAAAGUUGCUUCUAGGCCCCAAGAAGUUACACCCAUACCCACCAAGCGUGUGAUGACAGACGAAGAAAAGCUAAAUCUGGGGAGAGAGCUGGAGUCGCUGUUAGGAGAAUUGCCCAUGCAUAUAAUUGACUUCUUGAGAGAGUAUAGCUCUGGUGGAAGGGAAUCCGGAGAAGAAGAUUUUGAGGUUAACAUUGAUGAUCUCAGUGAUGAUACACUUUUCAAAUUGCGGAAGCUUCUAGAUGAUCAUUUUCAGGAAAAACAAAAGAAUAAUGCCGGUGCUGAACCUUGUGUGAUUGAGUUGCAGAUGCUGAAUGACUCCGGAGUAAGCAACUCAUCAAUGCAACCAUCUAAAGGGAGUGGGCCAAUUGAUGAGGAUAUGAAUGUUGGUGGGCAUGAAGCUCCGGUUUCAAGCUGUGCUCCUUUAGAGAUAGAGAAAGGUGCUGCUGACAUCAAAUGCACGAUCUCAAGAAAUUCAAAGGAUUCGGAUAUUUCUAGUUAUGAAAAUGAUUCCGAGUGUGACAAAGCUUCAAUCCGAGUGCACAAACAGCAGGUUCCAGAAACCAUUGGCUCCGAAGGUCCUAUGAUUGAAGCUACUACUUCGGAUGGACCUCUUGAAAGGAAUCAAUUUGAAGGUGGCUACGAACAACUUGAGCAGACUUCAGGCAAGCCUAGUUCUACCGAGUCAGAUUGCAAUCAGGAUGGUAACUACUCUGAUAAACGUGUCUCUCCUGAGAGGCUUUACCGGGCUGCUCUUCUGAAGAACCGAUUUGCCGACACAAUUUUAAGAGCUAAAGAAAAGACGAUGACACAGGGUGACAAGGGUGAUCCCGAGAAGUUGCGACGGGAGAGGGAAGAACUGGAACUGGAGCAGAGGAAAGAAAAAGCACGACUGCAAGCAGAAGCCAAGACUGCACAAGAUGCACAAAGAAGAGCUGAAGCAGAAGCUGCAGCCGAAGCUAAACGAAAGAGGGAGCUCGACAGAGAAGCAGCACGACAGGCGUUGCUGCAGAUAGAGAAAACUGUUAUAAUAGAUGAGAACUCCCAAUUCCUGGAAGACUGGGAGAUGCUCAAAGCUGCUCCAACCGAGCAGUUACCAAGCUCGGUUGACGAAACAAGCCCCGAUCACUCACAAGACGGUCUGGGUAGUUUCAAAUUUGUAGGGAGCAAUCCAUUGGAACAACUGGGUUUGUUCAUAAAAGCAGAUGAAGAGGACGAGGAGAUCGAGCCGAAUUACAUAUCUUCGAACGCUAUAAAAGAUGUAGAAGAAGGUGAAAUUGAUUAGGGAGUGUGAUGUUGGGAACUCAUGAUAGAACUGAUGAUCAUCAAGGCUAAUGAAUAGAAGAAUAUUUCCUUUUGAGUGAAGAAAUUGGUGUUCCUUUCCUCAUGAUGAUCAUUGAUUAUAUUUAUAUUUUAGGAAGAAGUUAGGAUAGAAGUGGGCAGUGUUGUUCCUGAUUGAUUUGGUUACAGAAUCGAAGCCAUCAUUUAGAAAGUGCUUCUGAUUUGGUUUGGAAACGAGCAGUGUUCUUUAUCUGUAUUGUGUGUUGUACAUUGAGAUAACUUCAAAACAUACACAUAUGGGUCUGUGAAUGAAAACAGGACUUUUAGUUUUAGCACCAA